GCGGGCCGUUAGCGCCUGCGGAGAAGCUGCGCCUAAGGAGAAGCUGAACUUCAGGUCACUGGAGGGGUGCUUCACUGACAGCAAUGGCAGCCACGGCGUUGGCGGCGCGUACCCGGCAGGCCGUCUGGAGCGUCUGGGCAAUGCAAGGCCGAGGCUUUGGCUCGGAAUCGGGAGAUAGUGUUAGGUCCAGUGCGGGCGCGGUCCGGGACGCCGGUGGGGCCUUCGGAAAAAGAGAGCAGGCCGAAGAGGAGCGAUACUUCCGAGCUCGUGCUAAAGAACAGCUGGCUGCCUUGAAGAAACACCAUGAAAAUGAGAUCUCUCAUCAUGCAAAGGAGAUUGAGCGCCUGCAGAAAGAAAUUGAGCGGCAUAAGCAGUCGAUCAAGAAACUAAAACAGAGUGAAGAUGACGACUAAGUGCGCCAGAUCUCCAUAGAAUGGCACCUAUUAUUGCCCACUUCUAUGUAGACAUAGUUCUGGUUUAACCAAAAGCAAUCUGUGUGCUUCCAAAAUAUUAUAAUAAACUGUCAUUAGUGAA